AUGUUCUUUCUGCCAAUGGGAAUCCUCAUAAUCAUCGAUGUUAUACUCGUCACGGCUGUAGUCAUUGCCAAAAUCCAGUCGCGGUACAGAACUAAACAUCCGAAAGCGAGCAAGAAUAAGGGACUGCCAUUUGGUGGAGUUCCGUUUAGGAACAAGAAAAAAUACCAGGAGAUCGGCGACGAUUCAUACCCUUCGGCCAUGGAAGCUGGCAUCCCUCUGCAGCAUAACUUGGAGUUUCAAAGGCCCGAUUUGAGACGCAAACCUACGGGGUUUGAACAGCUCGGUUUACAGGGGGCAGAAUACGCUUUGCAUGAUGAUCUGCAAGAUGAUAAUGGAGCAUCUAGGACUGCUUUGCAACAAUUUGUACAGUCUCUGUCUAGAAUCCUUGGGGCGAGCAAAUUUGGGUUGAACUUCGAGUUCCAGAAUUUGCAUUUCCAGCCGAAGAAGAAUCCCAAGCCGAUCCUUUCAGAAGUGACUGGAAUGAUUGAUGCCGGCUCGCUGUGGGGUGUGAUGGGUGCUUCUGGUGCUGGAAAAUCUACCUUUGUAAACGUUCUCAUGGGUAAGACUCCGAAUACAGGAGGUAUCACUAAAGUCAAUGGAGUUGCUGGAGAUAUCAAAAAAUACAAGAAGAUCAUCGGCUAUGUUCCUCAAGAUGAUAUAGUCCUUCCAGAACUGACUGUUCGAGAGAACAUCCUCCAUUCUGCCCGAGUCCGUCUACCCGCAAGCUGGAGUGACGGCGAAAUCCAAAACCAUGUCGAUAUCCUCCUACGAUGUCUGCAACUCGACCAUGUGAUGCACUCGCUGGUAGGAAGUACCUCUGCACCUGUAAUUUCUGGAGGGCAACGGAAGAGAGUCAGUAUCGGUAUGGAGCUCGCCGCCGCGCCCAUGGCCCUGUUCCUCGACGAGCCUACUUCAGGUUUGGACGCAACAGCCGCGGCAUCAAUCAUGUCAACCCUAAAAGCCCUCUCUCGGCUCGGCAUGACAAUCGUAACCAUCAUCCAUCAACCGCGACAGGAGAUCUUUGAGUCCCUCGACAGUCUUGUCCUACUUGGUAAAGGGCGCAUGAUCUACACCGGCCCUGAGAGAGGAAUCCAACCCUAUUUCGAAGGUCUCGGUUUCUCCUUCCCGGACCACAGCAACCCAGCAGAUAUAAUGGGAGAUAUAAUCGCCGGCGAAGGACGCCACUACAAGCCGACAGGCGACGCUAGCGUCCAAGGCCUUAUUGACUACUGGGCCAGCCAGCACCCUGCAGCCACCGAAACCGAGUCCAAACGUUCCACCGUCUCCAUGGCCGAAAUGAACAACCUAAUACAAACCAUCAAGCAGCGUGGCGCUCCCUGGUAUCGGCAAAUUUGGUUCUGCUUCCACCGUUCCCUAGUCCAGCAAUACCGCAUGAAGUCCUCCUUUUUCUUCGAGCUGGGCGUUGGAGCCAUGGCGGGCUUCCUCAUUGGUCUAGCAGAGGAAACACAAAAGGGAACGAAUUUCCGCGGGAUUUUCAACCCCCCCUAUUCCAUGCUCUCUGCCAGUGUCGACUACUCGGCCGUCCCGCAAAUGGCGCUCCUCGUCGGCCUCGCUAUCGGCCUCACGGCAUCCGCGCCGGGCGUCAAGAUCUUUGGUGAAGAAAAACUCGUCUUCUGGCGUGAAGCAGCGGCGGGACAUAAUCGCUUCGCAUACUAUAUCGGCAAAGUAGUGUCUACCAUCCCCCGCAUGCUCCUAGCGAAUUUCCACUUCACCACCAUGUUCAUGGUACUGUCCGCGCCGCGCAUCCCCUGGUUCGCAGCCUUCGCCGCCAACCUGCUAUACUUCUGGUGUAUCUACGGCCUCGCAUCCUGCGUCUCCAUGGUCACGCGGCGCGAAGACGGGCCGCUCCUCGCUGUCAUGUCAUCGCUCAUCGUCGGCGUGCUGAAUGGCAUGUCGCCGUCGCUCAAAAAAGUCCGCGGCUGGCACAUGGCGUGGCUGUGGCGCGCGUCGCCGGGCACCUGGCUCGCCGAGGCGUAUUUCACCGAGAACAUCGAUAUGGCAAAGACAAGCCUAGGCUAUCAUCUCGGGAAGUAUAGUACGGAUUUGCUGCUGUUGCUUGCGUUGGGGGCUAUCUAUCGCGUUGUGGCGUUUUUGGGACUGCGGUUUAUGUAUCCGGCUAAGCAGCGGUGA